UUUUUAUAUAACAACACUCUUGCUGUUGCUGUUGCUCAUACUCUGGGUCCCCUCCCUCUCACACACUUGUGCAUCCCCUCCCUUGGCAGUUAACGACAACGUGCACUGCACCUGCUGACUACCAUUUUAACUCUUUCAAACGCUUUAUCAUUGCACUCUCCCACUUCACUCCUUCUUUUAAAUUCCACCCCCAACGCUCACACUUGAUUAGUUGCUCGCUCGCCAUGCAUCCUUGUUACUGCGGAGCCUCCCAGGGGCACGUGAUAGGCACCUGCACCUGCACCAUGCUCUAUGACUAUGACUAUGCCCACGCCCCCUACGACGACUAUUCCUCUUUCACGCCCUCUCCUUCUUCCGUCGACUGCACGCUCUCCCUUGGCACCCCCUCCACGCGUUUGACCCAAGAAGACCGUCGCUCUUCUGUCUCUAACUUUUGUUGGGACUUGCUCCAAUCCAAACACACCUCGCACAACCCUUCCAAGUCUACCAGACCCUCCAAUGCUUCCUCCCACAACGACCCUCUCCUCGCUCGUCGCUGCGCUAACUGUGACACCACUUCCACUCCUCUUUGGAGGAACGGUCCUCGUGGCCCUAAGUCGCUAUGCAAUGCUUGUGGGAUCAGAUUCAAGAAGGAAGAGAGAAGAGCGAGCGCCGCCGCCGCCAGCGCCACGUCAGCGGCGGUUCCCGGCGGUGUAAUGGAAUCGGCGCACGCGUACGGGCAACACAGCAACACGUGGUACGCGCAGUCGCAGAGCCAGAAGAUGGGGAACGAGUACCGCUUUAUGGAGGAUUCCGAUAGAGAGUCGGAGAAUGGCAUUCCGUUUCUCUCUUGGAAGCUCAACGUGGCGGACCGAACUAGCCUCGUUCACGACUUCACCAGAUGAUGGAGCAUCGAACGAACGACGCUGAUAUGAUAUCGUUCAUACGUUAACAAUAACGAAGAAAAAUGACAAAAGCAUGUAGCUAGCUACAACCUUGACGUUCAAGACCACGCAGGUGUACGUCGACGUUUUACGAUGGAUGGUGAUGUAGAUGUUUUUGAUUGCGAUGGUUGCAUUAUGGUCUCGUCAAUGUGAUGUUUUUUUUUUUUAUUCAUUUUCUUUUUUGUUUGGUUCCUUUUUCUCCGUCUUGUGAAAGAUGGAGUGAGAACGGGAUAAUUCUAUGUUCUUAGUUUGCUUUUUCUUUGGUCUUGGCUCUUUAACUUUCUCUUUCAGUUACUUGCUAAUCCCACCUUUCUGUUGGUUCACUUUCUCGGACUC